AUGACGGUCAAACACGGUCACGACUGCCUCGGUGGCGCUUUGGAAAUCGUUCCAGACGCCCUGCUCUCUCGCGAGAGCAACCUGAGCAGCGCGCUGGCUUCCCUCGUCGGCAAGAUCGAUGGCCAGUUGCUUCCUCAGAGCCCCUUCGCAGCCCGUAACUGCUCCGCCCCGAUUUUCCGAGCAAACCUUAGCUGACCGUCUACGCUGUCCAUCACUGUGCUCCACUCAGUCGCCAUCAUCGACGGCGCUACCGCGUUCGCACGUCAGCGCCAUGCCGCGACGGACCGGGCGCAACACAACGAGCCGAAGCGAGGCCGGCUGUUCCUCAAUGCGAUCAUUCGACACCUCGAGGUAGUCAUUGCAGCGACGGCAAGGCGGAUCCAAGUGGUCGUGGUAUUUGAUCAUCCCAUCCUUCGGCCCAAGCUCAAGCAGGACACCGUGCUCGAUCGCCUAGAUCGCCAGAAACCGCAAGAGCCUUCCGAUAAAUCGACCCCUGUCACCCACCCCGUCCCCUUCAUCACGAACGACACCCUCGCCGCGUGCGUUCACGGACGAUCGAGCAAAGAAUGGGAGGUCGCUUUUCGCCACGGUGACGAGCCAACCCGAGUCGCCACCUUUGUUCGCUGGUCCGAGCAAGGCUUGCUCGUCGUCGCGGCCCACGAGGCCGAUCCCCUCGUCUCGGCGUCGACCAAGUUUGGCCAGAUCUGCGACGUUGCGCUCGAACUAUGGUAAUAGUGAGCGGACGAUCAGAGAAAGGGGGGGGGGGGCGAUUGCUAUCGAAGCGCAGAGACCGAGAUGCCGAAACCGAGAAACACGCAGAUAAUGAAACCGAGAAUGAUAGAUUCGCAGAAAUGUCCUCUUCCAAGCGGUCCUCCCCUCCGAAAGUCGCCUCCCUCCAAAGUCGGUCUGAGUCGUGUCUAGUCUAGUCUAGUCUGUCUCCGAACAAGAAGCGAGUCUUCCCUCCAACGCCAGGACACUCCAUUCCCCCCGGGCCAGCUUCCUCCUCUUUUCCGACACUCGGCCUUCUGAUCACGCCAUACUUCGUCCUGAUCACGCCAUUCCUUGCUCCUGUCACACGGUCCCUUGCUCUGAACUUUUAUCCGCUCAUGUGACGCUAGGCCGAGUUAGCCGAAUCUGCGCUUCCCGACUAAGCGACUCCAGCCCGAUUUCCGAGACCACCGAAUUAGCCGACGCCCGCGUGAGUCGACUACCCUAAUGCAGCCGACAAGAUCGGGAGUCCCAUCUCAUUUCCGACAACAGGAGCCUCAUUUCCGACUUUGCUGCACACGACGGGAUCCCGAGUACCACAGAACCCAACCGCGUCGUCCUCGUGAGCGCCGACAGCGACUUUUUCAUGCUUCUCGGCGCCGACCAAGCCCGCUAUCGCGCCGUGCUAUCGGGCAAGGACCAAAACAUUAGCUUGGUGGACCUUGCCGUACUCGACGCUCACCCCGCGGUGUGGAAUUCUCGUCAGCGAUUCGUCGCGAGCCUCAUCCUCGGGUGCGACUAUUUCAGGGGCAUCAAAGGGGUCGGGCCUGGAGGACUUAGAGACCUGCCUGGGCAGUGGUUGGACGAGGCGACGUGGCAGAGUGGCUGGGAUGGCGCCGCGGGGGCGUUGAUCAGGAACGUCGACUCGGGGCCGGCGCCGACGGAGGAAAAGAUUAAGGAGGUCAAGUCCCUUUGCGCCGCGAUCGAUCCUAUCCAAAAUCUGCUGCACCACUACAAGGACAAGACGUUCGCAAAAGCAACCGCGGAGUCCAUCACCACAGUCACAAAGGGGACCAGGGGGCGGUUCAAGGGAACGCCACAUGAAGGCCCGUCGGCAGUCUCACGAUAUGCCUAUGCGCCGAUUCGCCGCAACCCCCCUCUCGUCCACCAACCCGGGGUCGCCUCCACCGGACCUCUGCCCUCUCUUUCGAGUCUCUCGACCGUUCAAGAUCCUGAACUCCGACGUGACCUUGCCAAGGCUCGACGACGUCAAGCCGAGCAGCCGGCCCGCAUGGUCUCGACGCACAAGCUCGCUGUGCAAGGAACCGUCAGGGCGUCGGACUACCGCUUGGUCGAUCCCGAAUUCGGGGACAGCGCAGAACAGCGCACUCGCAAGUCCAAUAAUUCAAAGUCGAUCGAAAGGAACAAGGCGACCACGGCGGCCGAAGUACGUGCCCUGUUCUCGAAGCAAUCGGACUCGGGCAGCAGCGGCGGCGGUGGCGGAAAAUCUCCUGGCGGAGUUAUCUACAGGAUGUCAACAAUGACGGGUACGCUCGACGAUCUGGUCCGAGGAUGCAUGGUGUCCGGAGAAUUGACACAAGGCGCACAUCGGGUUCGAAGACCCCGGCCAGGACGGCACGUCAGGCUGAGGCAAGUGCACCACCGGCGGCAACUCGAAACCGAGCAAGCUCGCUCGGGCUGA